AUGAAAUACAUUCUGUCGCAACCAGUAUGGCUGGCCAUCAUCUUCACCUGUGCCGCCACAAUUGAAGCCCACACUUGGCUUGAACAACUCACCGUGGUCGCACCAAACGGAACCUUUAUUGGUAACCCCGGUUACCCUCGGGGGUUCGUUGCUCGACUACCAGGUGUCGAUCCCGACGAAGGUAUGACCUACCUUCUCCCUCCGAAUGGUAGAUCGACUGGAAAUGAAAUCCUUCAGACAGACUUGAUGUGCAAGAGCACACAGACUAUUGGGUCUCAGACGGCGGGUAGCCCGGCUCUCAUCGCCUCACCUGGAGACUUUAUCGCACUCCGGUAUCAAGAAAACGGUCACGUAACCCAGCCGCAGAUUCCACCGGGAAAACCUGAAGGAAGCGGCAUAGUAUACGUGUAUGGGACUGCCAGUCCCUCAAAUGACGACACCUACCUUGGAAUCCACCACGUUUGGAAUGCCGAUGGGACGGGUGGAGACGGGAGAGGAGUCCUCCUGGCCACCCGCCAUUUCGAUGAUGGACAGUGCUAUCAGAUCAACAACGGCACAAUCUCCAAAAACCGGCAGGAAGAGUUCCCCCACAACGCAAAUCCACUCAUGGGAGAAGAUUUGUGGUGCCAAACCGAUGUACAGCUCCCAGCAGAUGCUACUGGAAACUACACGCUCUACUGGGUCUGGGAUUGGCCAACACUGGAUAGUAAUGGCGCCGUAAUCAAGAAUGAGAGCUAUACCACCUGCUCGGACAUCAGCCUGACUCCAGCAGAAGGCAAGUCGUCGAAAGCGGAGGUGAUCAACUUCGCCAAAGGACAGAGUCUCGACAGUGCAGCUAUUUCAGUCCAGUUAGAAACCCCUUUU